AACUUUCCAAAAUACUGGAGCCCGAAUUCGAAGAGCUUAACAUUCUUGCCAAAACCCUGCUUUAACUCUGAGGGGCCAAAACCCUCACCUCCGUCUGCAGUUACGCACUUCUGCUCUCUUUUCUCCGAAUCAAACUUUAAGUUAUAAAGAGUGAGUGCGCACUCAUUGUCUCUUAACUAGGGUUGAGUGAGAAAAGAUGCAGCACGAUGAGGUCAUAUGGCAAGUUAUCAGACACAAGCAUUGCAGCUUCAUGGCCAAAAUUGAGACAGGGAUAUUUUGUCGAAAUCCAUAUAAUGUAACUGGGAUUUGCAACCGUAGCUCGUGUCCUCUGGCUAAUAGUCGGUACGCCACCAUUCGGGAUCAUGAUGGAGUGUUCUAUUUGUACAUGAAAACAAUAGAAAGGGCUCACAUGCCAAACAAACUUUGGGAAAGAGUUAAAUUGCCAAGAAAUUACGAAAAGGCUCUUGAAAUCAUUGAUAAACAUUUGAUGUACUGGCCAAAGUUUCUUGUCCACAAGGCAAAACAAAGAUUAACAAAAAUGACUCAGAUGCGAAUAAGAAUGAGGAAGCUUGCUUUGAAAACAAGGGAGAAGAUAAUGACCACACCUAGGAAAGAAACGAAAAGAGAAUCUCGCCGACAGGAAAAGGCUGAAAAAGCAGCUCUUCUCGAUAAAAGCAUUGAGAAGGAACUGCUGGAACGCCUUUCUAAAGGAGUAUAUGGGGAUAUAUACAAUUAUCCUGAGCGGAAGUAUCUGGAGAUUCUUGGUAGGGAAGCAAUGCAGGUGGCUAGCGAAGAAGAAGAUGAGGAGGAACAUGAAGUGGAAUAUGUUGAAGGUUAUGAUGAUCUUGAAGAGGAAGAUGAUAUGGAAGAUUUUGAUGGUCUUGGAAUUAGUGACAACGGCUUGGAUGAUGAUACGGUUGGAAUGGACGACGAGGAUGAUGAAGAUGAAGAGGCUGUUGCAGUUCAUCAGAAGAGGGGUAGAAAAGAUUCUGUUUUAGCUAGAAGAAGAGCAGAGAAAGAUGAGCCAAGUGCAAAUUCAAAGAAAAAGGCGAAAGUGCUUGUGGAGGUUGAGCAUGAAGAUACGGGUGAAAGACGGACAGCAGUACAAUGAGAGAUUGUAUUCUGUAAUUCUACAAUUAUCAAAAUGCUUGCUUUAAGCGGCUGCGAAAUUCAAUUGGUAAGAUAUGUUUUUCAAAAUAUGCGCCAGACUUCGCUAGCUAGAAUGAAAUGGCAAAUUUUGUAGUCAUUGUAAGCAAAACAGACUUACUAAUUUUGAUCUUGUAAUAGCAAAUUUUGUAGUCAUUGUUCGUGUUGGAAUUGUGCACUAAGGGGUCGUUUGGUACC